GGCUAUCGGCUACGCAACGGGCGGUCGUAGCACUCGUAGCGCGUGGGCUACGAUAUAAUUUAAAUUUUCUACGAAAUAUUUUCCUACCGAAUUUUUCGACAUAAGUGAAUGUUUUCAGUUAUAAUCUUUAUGUUAUGUUUUUCUGAAAAGUUUUAUGUACUCGUUUAGUGACAUUGAGUGAAAAAGUUACUUUCGCGUCGCAUUGAUUUGUUAAUUUCCUUUUUCGCACGCAACUUUUGUUUGUGUUCACAAAGUAUACAAUCUUCUGCCAAAUUGGUCAAAAAUCUAAUUUUGAACUAUGAAACGUAUUAAAUAUUUUGUUUAUAUUUAGACAAUUGAUUUUUAGUCUUUUGUACAAAGACACUUGGAAUAGAAAACUGCAAAAUUUAUGUAAAAAUGACAAACGACUCAAAUGGUGGCGUGGCCGAGCCGCAAGGACGAAGAGAAGAGAACAGCGGUUCUUGGCAGAAGAAGGACAACGAUGUCAAGAUAGAGUUUGGGUUCGGAGUGCCGCUGGGCGCCAUGGGAGCUCAUCCUGCCUUCCACUCGGCCUGGGACCUCGGAUGCUCAUCAUCUGGCUUUCACCACAUGGCCAGGAUGAUGGAUCGGAUGGUGGCGGAGAGUCUCCAGCCAUUUGGCUUCGCCAGGAUGACAGCCAGACGGUCCGGAGACACCCAGGACCCUCCCAGAGAUGGUUUACGCACAGAGAGAAGCGACGCCAGAAGAGAAAGAGCCAAAAAUCCUAAUACACAUGCUGCAAAUGGCACUCGACAUCCACAAACACAAGUUGUUAAACCAACUCACGUAACCACUUUCCAAGAGCAACCACUCGACCAAGCCAAACAGACAGAUCCCACCACAGAAAAAUGGGCGGGGACAUUACGCCGUAGGGACCCUGACAUUCAGCCAGUUCUGCCUUCCAUCAUAACCAGAAAAACCUCAUCCACGACAUCCACAGUAGGAAGCGGUAGAAAAUGUCGAUCAGUAGAACGAAUGCCCAGAACUAGGGGCAGAAAUUUAAUUCCAAUUAAACCAAUGAGAAAAACUGAUGUUCCGACAGAGGGGAUCGAUCUAACCAUUGAAGAAAAGAACGAAAAGGUUUUUGACUCCACUGGGUAUGAGCUACAUCUGGUCGAAACCUUGGAGAGGGAUAUUCUGCAGAAAAAUCCAGAUGUACGUUGGAAGGAUGUGGUUGGAUUGGAAGACGCGAAAGCAGUGUUGCAGGAAGCAGUCGUUUUGCCGCUUGUCAUGCCCGACUAUUUUAAGGGCAUCCGGCGGCCGUGGAAGGGCGUUCUCCUGACCGGGCCUCCAGGGACGGGGAAGACGUUGUUGGCCAGGGCUGUCGCGACCGAGUGUAGGACAACAUUCUUCAAUGUGUCCUCGGCCACGCUCACGUCCAAGUACAGAGGAGACUCGGAGAAGCUGGUCCGGUUGCUGUUCGAUAUGGCUUCGUUCUACGCGCCAAGCACGAUAUUCAUCGACGAAGUGGAUUCAUUAUGUGCGAUGAGAGGAGCAGACUCCGAGCACGAAGCUUCGAGGAGGUUCAAAGCAGAACUGCUCAUCCAGAUGGACGGGCUAGCUGCUGCUUUUAAUCAAGACAAGAUCAUUAUGGUCUUAGCGGCGACCAAUCAUCCAUGGGACAUCGACGAGGCAUUUCGGAGAAGAUUCGAGAAGAGAAUUUAUAUCGGUUUACCGGAUGAGGGUAUCCGGGAAAAGCUGCUCAAGUUGUGUCUCCGUGAAGUGGUGUUGGCGCCAGACGUGGACCUGGUCGAGCUGGCGACCAAGCUGGACGGCUACAGCGGCUCCGACAUCUGUAAUCUGUGCAGGGACGCGUCGAUGAUGACGAUGCGUCGGAAGAUAGCCGGCAAGACUCCGGAGCAGAUCCGUAAGUUGAAACGCACAGAGCUCGAGGCCCCGAUCUCGAAGAACGACCUCGAAGCCGCGUCAGAAAAGACCAGGCGGACAGUGACACCGGCAGACGUCGCUCGAUACACGAGCUGGAUGCAGAAGCACGGGUGCUCCUAGCGACGCGCCCGGGCGCUUCGGGCGCUUCUGCGGAGACUCAGGAACUCCCAGUGAGCAACACCUCAUACUGCCGAAGAUAAUGGUCGAUAAAUGCGUUGGCACUGAUAAGAAGAAGCGAUCGAAGAGCAAGAGGAAGUAAGGAAUUCCCUAAAUGCCACCAAACUUGAGGUUGAGGUACACAGCUCUGUUGUGAUUGGUCAAUUUGAUGUCAGUUAUCGAAUUCAAAUAAAAGUCGAGUUGUGUUGUGGACCUCACAUUCAUCUAGUAAUAACCGGUGGGAAGAAUAAACUGCGACAUGUUGAAGUCUGAGUUUGGGAUGAAUUUGAUAACAAACGGAGGAUUUGAAGACGCUUUCUGCUCGAAUGUGCCCGGGUUCGAAAUUGCUAAAAUUUGUACAAAUAGACAAUCUGAUUUUUGUGAUUUUAGACUAUUGUGGUUUGAACAAUGAAGUGUUUAUGAUAGAGGUUGGGAAUGAAGGUGAUGAUGGUGUAUUUAGAUACUUCGGUGUGUUGGUGUUGCUAUUUCGAAAGGACGAAACGGACUCAAAUUUUGGUGCAUAUUUUUUUUACUCUAGUGAGUUGCGUAAGUUUUACUCGAUUGUAUAAACUGCCAUUUAUUUUAAAGCCAUCGAGAUAAUAAUAAUGCUCCUCUUGCACAAUAAGCAAUAAUUUUAUUCAUAAUUAUGAUUAUUACUUAAAAAAAACGGUAAACGAAGUUUCCUUUAUAAAACCGAUAACUAUGUGGAGAACAUUAUCAUAUUCACACACACUGGAGUUUUCAUUGUGUUCUGUAUAAUAUACUUUUACCCGUUUCAUUAGAAAAUUACAUGUAGGAGUAUUUUUAUACACUGCUAUAUAGGUCUGUAUAUUUCAGCAUUAACUUAUUAAAAUUCGAUUAAAACUACUAAUAAACUAUUUAGAAAGUAUCUUAGCAUAGAUAUUGGAGAUUCUCGAUACAGUUGAGCUAAAUGAUUGGUGUUGUAAAAUAAUAAUGUACUUAGGUUCCUAAGAUUUUUAACGAUUUUUAAUAUAGGCUUGGCUUUCGAAGUUUUUAAGGAAUAUUUUAGAGCGACCUCGUGGUCCAUUUAGGACUUCAUCAGGAUUAUCAUCAUCAAUUAAUUUAAGAACUUUGUCUUUUCUUGUCGGUGGAGCAUUUUCCAUCUAAUUCUGUGCUCAGCCAUUGAUUUCACUUCCCUAUACGACACGACCUUUGCCUUCUCUUUUAUUUCAUCUAGGAAUGCCCUUCUUGGCUUUCCUUUUCCUCUUCUUGCUUCGAUUUUUCCUCCAAUUAGAUAUUUCAUAAAGUUGUCGUGUCGUUUAAGGUGACCAAAUAUCUUUCCCCUUCUUGUCUCUAGGAUAUAGAGUAUUAAAACUCAACGUUAUAAUCAUAUAACGUUAAUCGCUUUUUAUUUUUUAUUUAAGACUAUCAAGUCGUAAAUAAAAAAUAUAAAGCGGCUAUAGUUAUCGAAUAAAUGCUAUGAGCUAUUUGCUCGUUGUAAAUAAAAUGAUAGAACACUAUCUUUUUAUUUAAGAGUACCUAAUGAUUUUUUUUAUUAUCCUUCCUUGACCUCUUGGGGCACGAAGUCGAUUUGAAUCUUCUUAUAUAUAAAACUUCGAUACAAUGCCUUAGGGUAGAAAAACUAUGAGAUCGUGUGUGUCUCGUUUAUUACUAUGAAAUGACGACAAAUUGUGUUUUUUAUAAGAUUUUGUCAGUCUUUAUGUGAAUUUCAGUGACUUUGUUAACUGUAUUGUGCUGUUGGUAUCAUAUGUAGACAAAUUUUAAUAAAGCUCGAAGAUUAAUA